UUCAAGUUAACAGUUAUGGCAGCGCAGAGCAACCUAGAAAUUUACAUGGGCGGAUUUGCAAAGGUCCUUAACGAACAAUGGCAAGUCGAUCUACGGCUCAAAGCUGGGGGCAGUAAAAAUGGUGCAGUUAUCUCCGCCCACAAACUUGUUCUGGUGUCUAAUGUUUUUCCUCUCUUAUCUCCUGUUCAUUCAUCAUUCGACCUAAGUAACAAUUUCGGAGUAAUGCAUGCGGCACGAUCAGAAGUGUUUAAGAAGAUGCUGGAACCAGACAACCUAAAGGCUUCAGUUGGGAAGGUCGAGACAGUAACUCUCUCUGAGAUGAAACAAGAAGAGUUAGAAGCGUUCGUUGAGUUCAUCUACAGCAACCGCUCCGUGCUUUCUGCAAACGAGAAGAAACAUGUUCAAUCACUUUAUCUAGCAGCCGACAAAUAUGAGAUCCCGCAUUUACGGGAUCUAUGCAGAAACGAGCUUAUAUCAUCUCUUAACUCGUCGAAUGCUCUUAACGUCUUGGAGCUUUCCUUGAUUCCUGUUGACAAAGCACUCAUUGGCCCUGCUGCCAAAUUUAUCGUGAGGAAUUUGAAGACGAUCUGUAACUCUGUUGAGUUCAAGUUGUUCGUUGGCAGGAAUCCCGAUCUUAGCGUUGCGAUAAUGAAGGCUUCUCUGACUAGGUUGUGGAAUGGUCAUCAUAAUAUGGAGAAAGAAGCUGCAAACAAGAUGGAAUUCUUUGGGGGGCUUAUGAACGCCUUUAAAGAAAAAAUGCAAUUCGAUAUAUGGCUCAAGUCAGGAGAUCAAACCGAUGCAAUCCCCGCCCACAAACUUAUUUUGGCGGCAAGAUCGAAGGUGUUUAGAGACAUAUUGGAAUUCGAUGAUUGCAAAGGUUUGUCGAUGUCGAAGGAGACAGUCACUCUUUCAGAGAUGACACAUGAUGAGCUCGAGACGUUUCUUGAGUUCAUGUACAACGGUUUGCUUCCUGAUACAAAACUGGCGAAGUACGUUCGUAGUCUCUAUCUAGCUGCACACAAGUACAAGAUUCCAUACCUCCAAGAUCUCUGCAGAAACCAGCUCAUCACCUCCAUGAACUCAUCAAAUGUAUUUGAUGACCUCGAGCUUGCACAGAUUUACUCGGACAAGAUCCUAGAGGAUGCUGUCUCUAAGUUUAUGGCAUCUCACAUGGAAGAGAUUGCGUCCUCGAGUAAGUUCAUGUCGUUUGUGGAGAGUAAUCCGGCUCUUACGGUUCAAACGAUUUUUAAGAUUUUUAAAAAUUAUAUACCAUUCAACCCCAAAAUAAUAUUCAGACUCUCAUGA